CCACCAUCGCUAGAAUACGACUUGCGCCAGAGGAAGCGUAGUAUCUUCAUCUUCUGGUUCCUCAUUCUUUUCGACUCCAUCGUCAUGCCCUUGGCUCUCUACUUCGGUCUCUGGUACGGCACCGACCUCUCUCCGAAUACCGUCUUCUCCAUCGUCACAGCUGCUCUGGGAGGUAUCAGUAUCUUUGAGUACGUACUCCGCUUCUGGCAUCUGUGGAAGAAGGGCAGCACGUGUCGUGUCAUUGGUGGUCGUAGAUCAUAUCUCGAUUGGUUCCACUGGAACUUCAGUUUUGCGUGGGUCAUCAUCAUCGUUGAGCUCAUCGUUGGUACCAUUCCCGAGAAUCCACCUAUUCGUCUGCUAGCGAUGCCUUGUGCCUCUCUCAUGUUCGCAUUUGGCUCAGAGUUGAUCAUCCAGGAUGGCAUGCGUCUCCUCAAAAUCCCCUCACCAUUCCGUAUUUCUUCGAUGCCUGCUGGCUCCCAGCUCCGCCCUGGAAUCUACUGGAUCAUCGAGGAUAUCAUUGCAGUCGAUGGCGGCGGUAACAUUGAAUUCCGCGAGAGACUCAACACCAGAUACGAAGCCAGCCACUACUUCCGUCAAAUGCUUCACCGUCUGACUUUGUUCUGGGGUAUUGGUGGUGAGGUCGCAGCUGCUGUCAUCACUGCACUCAUCUUCUCCAUUCAAAAGGACGCUGCCUAUGUGGUCGGCUGGACCGUUCCUUUCAUCUGGGCUGGUGUCUGGACAUUGUGCACUUUCUGGUAUGCUAGACGCUGUCUCAAGCAUGAGGCCGAGCAGUGG